UGUCAGGAUCAGGUAGUGAAACUGACACAGGUUGUGAGUCGCGGAAGUGCUCUCCGCACGAGUUGCGAGCGAAGCAGAAUUUUCUUGUUAUUUUUGAUUUUUUUUUAAAAGUCACUCUCAUUCAAACGUUUUAUUUAUUUUUAUUGGUGGGGGCUUGGGGCUGGAGCGUUUUGAUGAAGCAGUACGUGGGAGAUCUGUGCCCCCGCAGGGACAUAAACAACGCACAGAGUAACACUGCACAGGAGAAGAUGAGUUAUCAAAAACAGUUGACCCACUCCAUGGCCAUCCGUAGCGAGAUCCAGAGGUUUGAGAGCGUGCAGCCCAAUGUAUACAACGUCUAUAAGUUGCUGCACCGCGUGGCCGAUCCCUCACUACGGAACACCAUCCAAGAACUUGUUACGCGUCUUGAAGAGGCCUUUGUGAACAGUCAGGAAUGGACUUUAAGCCGCUCAGUUCCAGAGCUCCGGUUGGGGUUGGUUGGCAGCCUGCACAGUGGCAAAUCCGCCCUCGUCCAUCGCUACCUGACUGGCACUUACAUCCAGGAUGAGUCUCCAGAAGGUGGUCGAUACAAGAAAGAAAUAAAUGUCAAUGGUCAGAACCACUUGCUGCUGAUUAGGGAUGAAGGAGGUCCUCCAGAUGCCCAGUUUUCCACAUGGGUCGACGCUGUUAUAUUUGUCUUCAGCCUGGAAAAUGAGAAGAGCUUCCAGACCAUCUAUAAUUACUACACCAGGCUAGUGAACUACAGGAAUGCAGCCGAGAUUCCACUGAUAUUGGUGGGCUCGCAGGAUGCAAUCAGUGCCACCAAUCCACGAGUCAUUGAUGAUGCCCGGGCACGUAAACUCUGCGCUGACUUGAAGCGCUGCAUGUAUUAUGAGACCUGCGCGACGUAUGGACUCAAUGUCGAUCGAGUUUUUAAUGAAGUUGCCCAGAAGGUCUCAGCCAUUAAGAAGCAGCAGCACCUUUUUGUCACAUCAUGCAAGUCUCUGCCGAGCUCUCCAAGCCAUUUUUCUGGCUCCGUCCCAGUCUCUGCCUCUCACAGCAGUCAGGCAAGCAACGGUGGUAACAUGGGUGAGUAUUCCUCAUCCCUUCCUUCCACUCCAAACAUCAGUCACCGGGAACUGGCAGCCGACAUUUCUCAAGUUUCUGGGACCCCUGGUUCUGUCCGCAAGCACUCGAAGCGACGCCCCAGCCUUUUCACAGCUCGGCGGGGAAGCGAUACGGAAAGGAGGAGUCUGGACAGUAAGGCGGAUAACAUUGGAAGUGGCCGUGCCAUCCCAAUUAAGCAGGGGGUGCUGUUGAAGAGAAGUGGAAACACACUAAAUAAGGAGUGGAAGAAGAAGUAUGUGACGCUUUGCAACAAUGGUAUUUUGUCCUACCAUCCUAGUUUGCAUGAUUAUAUGCAGAACAUCCAUGGAAAAGAGAUUGAUCUACUCAGGACCACAGUUAAGGUUCCUGGCAAGCGUCCACCGCGUGCUGUUUCAGCCAGUGGUGCCUCCACCAGCCUGAAUGGACUAGUGGGCAGUGGGCAAGAAAGUGUUGAUUCUCUGCUUUCCAGCAGUUUAGACCCUGUUGCUGAGAAGGUAAUCAGCAGUGACACCAAGGCCAAAGGGACUCUCCCCAGCCUCCGCCCCAUUCCCAGCAGUGACCAGUGGAAUGAAAACAUCUUGCGUACCCCUGAAGGAACUGGCACAGGGGAAGCUGCAUGCAGUCCCACAGGCAGCAAGCUGGACUUGCCUCCCUCGCCCCAGAUAAACCGGAAGAAGCACCGGAGGAAGAAGAGCAUGAGCAAGGCUGACGGCACGGUGGGCCUAGCAGAAGAGCAAGAAGAGAACAUUGAGUUCACUAUCGUCUCAAGCACAGGCCAGAUGUGGUACUUUGAAGCUGCAAAUUUCGAAGAGAGGGAUGCCUGGGUACAAGCCAUUGAGAGUCAAAUUCUGGCCAGCCUGCAGUCCUGCGAAAGUAGUAAAAACAAGGCUCGGAUGGACAGCCGGAGUGAAGCUGUCGCCAUUCAGGCGAUAAGGAACGCGAAAGGCAACUCAUUCUGUGUUGACUGCAAUGCUGCAAAUCCCACCUGGGCAAGUUUAAACUUAGGGGCCCUCAUCUGUAUUGAGUGCUCUGGAAUUCAUCGCAAACUUGGGACCCACCUCUCACGAGUCCGGUCCCUGGACCUCGACGACUGGCCUUUGGAGCUAACCCUCGUGUUGACAUCCAUCGGGAACGAGAUGGCAAACAGUAUGUGGGAGAAGAAUACUCAGGGGCGCAACAAGCCUACCCCUGAAUCUACACGGGAAGAAAGGGAAAAUUGGAUCAGAGCAAAGUAUGAGCAGAAGCUCUUUGUUGCACCCUUGAAAUGCCGCGAGAUCCCCAUCGGAAAGCAGCUGUUCAAAGCCGUCAUGGAGAAGGACCUUCAAAACAUCCUACUGUUACUUGCACACGCCAAGAAAGAGCACAUCAACGAAUAUAUUGAUGACAAGGACAAGCGGACAGCUCUGCACCUCGCCUGUGAGCUCAAGGAUGUGGUGAUCACACAGCUCCUGGUCUGGUAUGGCAUUGAUGUGAAGGCCAGAGACGUGAAUGGAAACACAGCCCUGUACCAUGCCAGGCGGGCAGGCAGCCAGGAGUGUAUGGAUGUCCUGUUACAACACGGUUGUCCCAGUGAUGGCUGCAGCACAACGCCCAGCAUCAGCAGGAAAGGUCUUGGUGCCAGUUUCGGAAGAACUGACUCCAGGUUUCCACAUUAAAAAGAAGCCUUGAAGCACUCCUUUCCACACCUUGACAUUCCUAAAGGGCAACCUCUAGACUUUUCCCAAACCCCUCAAACCCCCAUCCCCACCUCCCCCCCCCCCCCACAGCAUCCCAUUUUAUUGCAAGAUUUGGUGAUCGGGAGACGCACUUUACGGAAUCCCAAUGUUGAUUUUACAACAAGUGACAAUACCAUUUGUCCCAAUAUCUUAUGACUGAGCGAUUGAAACUGCUGUUCUUCAGUGCAAGAGCUGUUCGAUGUUUUAAGGCUUAUUUCCUGAACUCUCCUUGGCAGGCCAUACCUAAAGGUAACACAAGUGUCCCAAUUUGUAGAGCAGCUUUGGGAGCAAAGAAUUGAUAAUUCCUUCAACAAAAAUUGGAAGUUGUUUACACAAAUCAAAACCCAUGAUGUGCUGGAACCUUGCAGCAGCAGUAAGUUACAGAGGCCAGUUUUCAGCUCCAAAUCUUUUAUAUUUAACAUAAUGAAGAUGUUGUUGGUUUUAUUUUCUAACUGUUUAAAUGGUGGUCCUACAAGUAUCAAAUGUUCCCUUGCAGGUUUUUUUUUAUUUUUCAGAUGUGCAAUUGUAUUUAAAUUUGUAAAGGAAAUUUGUGUGUAAUAUUGGAUAUUACAGUAUUUAGUGAAAUGUGCAAAGUACAGAACCUUAUUUUGUAUUGUUUUCUGAAGUACAAAGGAUAGUUAUAUGUCAGUCUACUGGGGGAUAGGAAAAGCAAUGUCAACACUGUCCAUUUGAAGGGUUCGAAGAACAGAUUUUGGGCACUGGGGUACUGUAAACAGUAUCCUGUGACCUUGCAGAAGUACACUGUGUUGUGCUUAGCAAUUCAAGGGAGUAUUUGAAGCUGUGCAUUUUGUUUCGGCACAAUGUGUUGCUGGCCAACCCAGAAAGAAAAAGGGCUACACUGACAUAGAGUGGCAACAGGGAAAUGUGUGCAGUUCAAACUAGCCUUGUGAUCUCAAUAGAAGGAAGCACCAUCUGACAUGAAGGCAGUCAAGAGCUAAAGUAACAAGGGGAGCAAGACAAUAAGCAUUUUCUUUUCUAUUAGGCUGUCCCAAACUCCAGACACACGAGCAGAAACAUCUAGGCUAACCUUCCACACUGUCAGAUGGUGCAGUGCUGAACUGUAAGAGACGCUGACUUCUGGAUGCAACAUUAAACCAAGGUCCUAUCUGGAUGUAAACAAUUCCAUAGCAAUUUCUUUAAGAUCAGGGGAGAUUCCACCCCACCCCUCCCAUUCCGCACAUAGUGUCCUACCCAAUGUCUAUCCCUAAAUAACAUAAGAUAAACAUUCUUAAUAACAAUACUGCUAAUGUGAGCUUGCUGCGCACAAUUGACUGCCUUGUUUCCUGUGUCGCAAGUGUCUGCAAAUGAAAUAUUUUAUUGAAUGCUUUGGGACAUCCUGAGGUUGUAAAGGGCAUUGUAAGAAAAGCAAUAUUCUCUCCUUGCUGGCAUUUGGAGAACAUUAAUGCAUACAGUCAUGAGACAUGGGUCUAAUAUGCUUUGUUCUACCAUGGGGAAAUUAAAAAGCAGGAUUUGUUACCAGGCUGCCCAAUGAUGACAGAGUGACAUUGGGAGGCAACUUAGACCAUAUAUUAUGGGUUAGCUAGUCUAAUGAGAGUAGAAUUGGGGAGAGAAAAUGAAGGAUUUAAAUUUGUAUGAUGUACUGCAAAUUGAGCUAAAUGUGCUAUGCUUAGUUUUACAGAAAUUCCCCCUUCAGUCCUAAUAGAUUAGGUAUAACUAGAAUGUGAUAACUCUAAUCCUCUGGUAGAGUGACAGGAAAUGCUUUAAUAUGUGCACAAGUCUAAUCUAUCAUCUCUAGGCUUUAAUUUUCAUCUGGAAGUCUGAGUGAAAAGCCAGGACUAGAACAAUGUGGGAUGGAAGACAGUUAGUUACAAGGUAGAAAGUUUAGGUGAGACCAGACUUGGGCAGUCAAAUUCUGGACUGUCGGAGGAAGUACAAAAGCAGCUGCACAUUCAGUUUACAAUGGUACCUACAAGUGCCGCUUGUUAAGGUUUCAUUGCAUCCACCAUAUUUUUCAUAUCUCAACCCCGUGAAUGUAGCUUUUGCAUUAGCACGUGAUUUUUAUUUUAUGUCCCAUCAAUAAACCAGAGUCUCGAAUAUAUCUGGAGUGCCAGAGAAACAAUAAAUGGGCAGAAAAAGCAGGCAGUGAUUUCCCUCAGCUCACGUAGUGCUUACCUCUGAGCAGGAGGGUUGUGACACCCUAUCCACCCCCUGACUUACAUCUUCACACUGCACUAUCAGAGGUAUUGUUGUUCAGAUAGUACUUCAAAAUGAGCACAAACAUGAGAAAGGCUGCAGAUGCUAAAAAUCCAGAGCAACACACACAAAAUGCUAGAGGAACUCAGCAGGCCAAGCAGCACCUACGGAAAAGAGUACAGUCGACUCUUUUCUAUAGAUGCUGCCUUGCCUGGUGAGUUCCUCCAGCAUUUUGUGUGUGUCACUUUAAAAUGGUGGUGCAUGGCCAAGUGGUUAAGGCACACAGCCGGGGCAGUGUGUUGUGUCCUUGAGCGAGGCACUUAACCACACAUUGCUCCAGUCCACCCAGCUGAAAAUGUGUACCGGCAAAAUGCUGGGGGUUAACCUCGUGAUAGACUGGCGUCCUAUUCGGGGGAGUCUCGUACUCUCAGUCGCUUCACGCCACGGAAACUGGCAUAAGCACUGGCCUGAUGAGCCUAUAAGGCUCGGGACAGACUUUAACUUCAAAAUGGAUCUGGUCUGCCUGCUCUGAUGGUCCAGGUGGAUAUUACAAAGCCCCAUGGCACUGCAGGGAGUUCUCCUGGUGUCCUGGCUAAUGUUUUUUCCCUUAACACACGCCACUAAGAAUGAAUUAACUGGCCUCUGAUUCAAUUGCUGCUUCUGCAACCUUGCUGUAUGCAAAAUAAUUGCUGCAUUUGCCGACAAAGCAACAGACGCUGCACUCAAACAUGAAGUGCUUUAGGACAUUUUCUGAGAGAUACAAUAAGGCGCAAUAUAAAAUGCAGGACUUUUCAAAGCAAAUUUUGCGGCAUGCUUGGAGAUGGCGGAAGGAGUGGGCUAACAUUGAUAACUUAAUAUUUUUUUGUUAGUAAGCUUUUGCCCAGAAUAUCGAGCUCUGCAAACUAAGCUGAAGUAGUUCUUAUAAACAUUCUGGGGAGCGAUUUGCUCCAGGUGCUAUACCUAGCAAAAUCAUUAACAGAGCACAUGGACAAUGAUUCACGCAGACAUUUACUCCAUUCCUCCUCCUUCAUCUAGACCUCACCCCCUUUGUAGUCUAAUAGUACAUCUUGUAGUGUUCAUUAUAAAUAGACAAUCUGCCUGUCACAGUACAGUGAAAAAGAAAUCCAAACAGAAAUUCUGCUUCCUCCUAGCUUGAUGGUGCAAGUUGUCUGUAUGUGUGAAAGUUGUUUAGAAGUCAAUGACCUUUUGAUGGAGACAGUUUUGCCCAGUUUCAUUCAUUCCCUAUUUUACUGAUUUCAGAUUUUUAACAUCUAUAUCUGUGAAUGUUUACUGCCUAAUAAAACUCAUCGCAAUGUUAGCAAACAGAACUUAUUUAUUUUUAAUUUCCUUCCUUUUCUCCCAAGGCACUGCCCAGCCUUUGCCAAAUUAAACCCAUCCCUCCCCCAUGAAGGCAUCAGAGCCUGUUCCUGCCUUCACCCCAGUGCUCACACAUCUCCCACCAGAAGUCACUGCUGGUCUGCAGGAAAAGAUUCACUCAGUUUUCCUCUUCCCCCUUCCUUGCCCAAGAGCCCCAGUCAUAUUGCUGUUUAAAAUAAAAAUGUGUGGCCACAUAUGUUAAAUGCAUUUUGUACUCAAAAUGCUCGGCAAUUAAUGCUGACGGCCUCUACGCCCCACUCUGGCUGUCUUAACCAGUAUGUUCAUAGUUAGGGAGAAGAGGAUAACCGAGAUGUGCUCAUUCCUGAGGGCACUCUCAAUCUGAUGUUCCUGUGGUAGUCCAGGAUGAGGUCCUUUACCUUCCUCAGAACAUGAUGUGGGUUCAGUACAAACUCCAAUAGCUUCUUUGGUAAUAACCCAUAUGCAUUGGCAAGGUCUAGCCAUAGUACAACUAGGUCUCCCUGCCCUUCUUGCACUUCCCUGAUCAGCUGGGAAAGAAACACCCAUGUGUUCCAAGCACCCUGGCACUCUGUGAAUCCCUCCUUUCUAUACAGAUGUACCAGUGUAGCCAUUUUCAAGGAAAAACUCAAAAACAGGAAACAAUACUGAAAAAUAUUUCCCCUUCUACACUGAGCAACAAGAUGGAGCUAAAGUGCUUAAUGUCGGAGUUCUCCUCUUUGGGGUUCUAGGUUCCCUCUGCAUACCUCCACUAGUCCGUGACCUUUCCCCUACACUAGAUAACCCUAAGGAAUUUCCAAAGUAGCUGGAGGAUCUUAGGACAGUGCUUGUACCUUGUGGGGUACUCCACCGGGACCAGGGGCAGAACUAGCUCUGACUACUUCCUAGAUCUCCUUCCAACUGGGCUCCUUGCCACUGAACUCAACUGCAGGAGGUGGAGGAUUUACUAGGGCACCAUGGCCUUCUAGUUCCUACUCCCUCUCUUAAGUCAUUGAGGGAAUUCUGAAGGUGUAGAUCCAUGUCUUGUUUGGAGCAUGCAAGGUGCCCACUAUGUUUCUGUCCUAGCAUUUGUUUGGUGAAUCCACAGGGUUUGCAAUAAAGGCAGCUCAUUUCCUGGCUCUCUCUUACCCAUCCUCUAUGCCAUUCUGCCCAAAGUAGUGUCAUAAACUUGCUCCUGAGAAUGUUACAGAGUUCGGCAAGUGGUGGUUUCUCUUCUUCACUUGCUGCCCUGUACUGUUCAGCCAGGAAUCAGAGCUCUUGACGCAGCUGGUAUAUUUUGCGCCCCCCCCCCGAUGUUUCACCAUGUAGGGACCUUUGCUGGCUUUCUUCUGCAUUAGGCUGAAUCAGUAGCAUGGCUGACAAUGAUAGUUGACAUCUCCCUUAGCUAUUCCCUCAAUGAUAUGGACUAUGUCCUCCUCAAACUGCAGCCACUCCCUUCGAUGGCUUGCUGGAGGUCACUUAACCCACUGGUGUUGUGCUACUCUGCCUGGAGUGGAAGUUUCUGACACUUGGAGGUCACUGGGGUGACUUUGGGCCAGGCUCUUCCUAUGUCUCACCAGGAGUAAGUCCUGAGCGCUGCGUUGCUCUCUCUUACUCCAGGCAUUUCAUCUUGAACUGAUCUAUUUUUAGGCCACACAUAUUCUUGCACACCUUUCCUCAAAAGCAUCUCUCACUCAUAAUCGAUGGUCAUCCUAGUGGAGUACUCAUCCUCUUGUCCUCUCGAGCUCCGCUGGAGGUAUGUCUCUAUAUAAGUCUGUCCAUAGCUUGUAGCGUGUCUUCCUCUCGGAAGAUGCAGGUUGGGUUGCUAGUCCUUGCUGCCCCGGUUGCCGUCUUUCUGAGCUGUCAACUGUCUCUCAGUAGUCACCAGUCUGUUCUUGGUUGUUACCCAGACUAUUACUGGGUGUCACUAGCUGAGCCAGUGCUUAUAAUGCCUAGGUAGAUCGUAGAAUGCUCUGGGACACAUCAUCAGUGAUGUAACCUGGGGACAUUGGGUGUUUUGGGCCUUUCAACAUCAGACACCGUCACCCUGGUGACCCAGUCAGGGUUGAUCAGGCCCCGGCUUGUGUCCCAGCAGCACUGGUCCAUGGGUCACACCUCUUGAUCCAUAGCCAUCUGGAGGCUCACUCAACAGCCUCAGUGAUGGCCCUAAUGGCUGUUUUCUUUGCAGCCCCUGUAAUGCCAAGGAGAGAGUAGGUUCUGCACAGCGAGCAGCCAGCUAAACCUCUACACUCCACUUCUAGAGUCUCGCAUCAUGCUCUCCACCCGUCUCUGGCACUGCUCUACCAGCUCCUAGUAUCUGGCAUUCAGAUGCCUCCUCAAUCUCCCCUAGGAACUAUUAGUUCUACCAUGACCACCUACUUCGAGGGUUUCUGACAGAACGACCUUGUCAGGCCUUAGUGAUGAUGAUGUGAUGAAGUCAAGGAACUUUAAUUGUUUGCUUACAUCAACUUUCAGUUGCCAGUCAGAUCCCAUGGUGAGCAAGCCUGCUGGUGAUCUGGGAUGAAGCUAUGGUAGGUCUUCAGAUUUGACAAAAGCUAUGGGCUUUCUGGGUUGGCGGGGGUGCCUACUAUAGAUAAUGGCCAAGGAGAUACUCUCUGCCACUGCCUUCAGCACCUGGUCAUGGUGCCAGCAGUAGCAUCCUUCUCCCAAGGCUUUUGGGCAGCUGCUAAAAAAUUAUUUCAGGGUCCCUCUGCCAGGGCAGAGAGGACAUGAUUGUACCUUGCUUUUGCUCCAGGCAAAAAGGUUCACUGAACUAGGUAGGAUGUCAUACACAGCCUGGAUCAUGAAUUUGAUGCACUGGAGUUCUGCCUGCCAGAUGUUGGACCAGGAGAUCUUCCACUUCAGCACACUCUCCCACCUUGUCCAAGCUCCCUGGUGCCCUAUCCUGGUGGUCCGCACUUCCUCGGGAGCUUCUCAAACUUCUUCCUGGACAAGUUUGCAUCUGUUCCUGCCCUGGGCCCUGUUGAAGCGGGUAGAAGGGAAGUUGCCCAGCUUGGCCUUUCCAGCCACCACUGUCCCUACCAGAUCCCUGUGCCUCAGACAUGACUCAGCCAUCUCCAUGGCUCCUUGGCUUUCCGUUUCCUGCUUGUACGAACUUCAGUGCCUGCUGACGAGACUUUGGAGUCACUGGGAUCUGUACAUGUACCCAAGGACAUUUAAUUGGAAACCAAUGACUCUUAGUACAAAGUGAACUGGUUUUUCAAAUUGAAAUCUCAAUAAGUGGCAAAGUAAUUUUGUGUAUUUGAUCUGCCAAGUUAUGUUGAUGAAUGCACCCUGUAUGUCCCCAUAAUACAAGAUUUGCCUCAGUUAACACAGUCUAAGAAUGUAAUUCUAAUAUAUUGUCUGUUUGAGUCACUGAACCAUUAAAGCCCAUCAUAAAUUGCAGGCUCUACAGCAAUGUUUGAUCAUCAAAAACUGUGGUCUUCUUCUACUCCAGUAACAAAGAAUUGACAGGUUCUCCACUGUCCUCAAAUAUUUAAAAAUGUUUAUGGCUCACUCAUCCACAGGAACAGGGGAUGCUAAGUACGGAAGGCCAUUCAGCCUUUCAAGCCUGUCCCACGAUUUAGUCAGACUUGACUAUGUGGCCACGCAGUUUUAUUUUAAACAUCUAUCAAAAUCUCAGAUUUGAAAAGUUCAGUUAACCCCACCAAUUAAAACAUUUUGCAAGAGAGAAGUCCAGAUUUUCGCCACCCUUUGUGUGGGAAAAAAAAUUCCCAAUUUCACUCCUCGUUGGAUAAUAUCCAACUGCAAGUUUAUGCUCCUUGUUCUGGAUUUCACAGAAAAAAGCUUCCUUUUGAAUUCUCCUUUUAUCAGUUAAACACCCUGGAUCAGAUUGUUCCUCAGUCAGGGUAGUUCACCACGUGUUUUCUUAGAAAGUAAAAUUGUCAUCUUUUUCAGCAUUUACCAAGUUUGCAUCUUUGAAUAUUUCUGUCUCCAGUUGUAGGCACAAACAGACUUUGCAACAUUGAAAUGAACAAUUCAUUAAGAACUUCUAUUUCUGGAACUUUUACAAAAAAAACUUUGCAAGGUGUUUCAAUGAUUUCAACGCUUAGAAUGUAAAUGCUUCUUGUGAACAUUUUUUCUGUGUAUUGGCCACUUUUAUAUCCAUUUGACUUUGUUACUGGAUAUUUAAUGCUUAUAGCUAGUUUCCAUUUUACUUGUUUUUACAUAAAUAAUUGUAUACAGAGUCUGUAAACUGUUUCUUAAAUUGUGAUUUCCCUUGUGAAUUGUGAUACAAUUCCAUUGAAGUGAAUUUAAUUUCAAAAGUUUAAGUUGUAUUUCUGUAUUUGUAUAAAAUUAUUCAAUGGGGGAGGGGAGUGUCUCUCAUUCUUCUUUUUUGCUGUGGGCUGGUUGGUUACAGAAUCGCAUCAAAAUCUGUUGAACUGCAGACUGACCUGGUUCAGUGCUUAACUGGAAACCGAAACCUUUCAUUUCCUCAGCUGAGCCUUUUCCAGAUCACUUGCAAACAGGGCCGUUUUAAACUUCUGCCUGCGCUAUUGUGUUACUGUCAUUGAGUAUCAAACCAUUUGGUUUACAACUUUAUUCUGGCAGAGAAGUCUCAAGCGCAGUUGCCUGCUCAGUAAUUUUGCACACACUCCCAGCACAUCUCUCUUGCUGACCUCCACUAAACUGUGACCUAGGUCUGCAGACCUGUAGGAGGCCCUUAAAGAGAGUCGCUGGCUUUAUAUUUACUGUAUUUAUUCUGCCCAGUAUUUGGACACUUUUCAAUGGGAAAUUACCCCCAUCUGAUGAUCAGUGUUGAGGGGUGAGCGCUAAAAGCAUAGAAUGUGUACAGUUCAUGGAAUGUUUUUAUCCUUGAGAUCUCAGAUUUGCUUUGAAACCAACUAGCAUUGAAUAAUUGUUUUACUGGCUUUCUCCAUGAGAAUAUAUUAUGGGCAUGAACUCCCAACAGUGUAGUCACCAUCAACCCCUUUCGUUAGGUGCAGCUCACUGCCAAGGUUCAACCAUUAAGCACUUCUGUAUUCAAUCUAAUGAGCUAGGCAGAGCAUUAUCAGUGAAAUGAGGUGACUUGACCUCCAUUACCAUGAAAUAUGUAUUAUCAAACUCGUACACUGAUUACAUUGCUAAUUGAGUUCUUAAGCCCAAGUUGACUCUUUGGUUUAAGAAAUCAACUGCAUAUACAAACUACAACUUUACUUGUUCCCUGGUUUAUCCCAGUAUAGUGGAUGGCGGUUGAGUAGUGUGAGGAUUUGAUUUGAUUCCACUGUUAUACAAUAAGGCUGGUCAAACGCUAAACAAAAAAUUAAAAGAAAAGCUACAAAUGCUGGGAAGUUGAACUCUUGCUCUUUAACUACCUUUAUUUCAUAACUUUUUAUCAUAGAAAAUAAAACAUGGGAGCGGAAUUAGGCUAUUCGGCUCAUUGAGCCUUCUCCGCCAUUCAAUUAUGACUGGUUUAUUAUCCCCCUCAACCCCAUUCUCCUGCCUUAUUUCCAUAACUUUGAUGUCAUUACUAAUCAAGAAUCUAUCAACCUCCACUUUAACUAUACUUAGCCUCUUCAGAUUCACCACAUUCGAUUUAAAGACAUUCUUCCUCAUCUCUGUCCUAUUCUGAGGCUGUGUUCUUUUGCCCUCUCCCCAACAUUCACUCUAUCUAGGCCUUUUAGUAUUCAAUAGGUUUCAAUGAAACUCCCUUCAUACUGCUAAAGUCCAGGGAGUACAGGCCCAGAGCCAUCAAAUGCUGUUCAUUCCUUAAACCUUUCAUUUCUGGGAUCACUCUCGCAAACCACCUAUGGGCCCUCUCCAGUGCCAUCUUCCUUUGUUCUCCUCUCUCCUCUCUUUCUAUUGCCACCAGCAAUCCAUCAAUAGGAGUUUUAGCUAUCCCCCCCCCCCCCCACCUCCACCCUCUCUGCAACUAAAGCUAACUUGUUUUCUCUCUUUCCCUGUUCUGACAAAUGGUCUCUCAACUGAAACAUUAACUUUGUUGCUUCCUCCAGGCACACAACCUGAUCUGCUGAGUGUUCCCAACAUUUUCUGCUUCUAUUUCAGCUCAAAGCUGUUAUGUUCUGAAAGACAUUAUCUCACUGUCCCCUUCAAGGUUAUUCACUUGGUUUUCUCUCUGAACAUUCCCCCGAUUACAGUAUUCACUUUUCAGUGUCCUUCAGUCAGUUGGUUCAGACAUUUGUGUCUGUGCUUUGCAUCACAGUUGUUCAUUUUUAAAACGAAGUAUUAACACGGAGUCUUGUGUAUCUUAGCUAGGUGAAUCUUAAAUAUCCUGUGGCAUUUUGUGCAGGUGUCCUUGCUAACAAGUGAUUGUUGUUUAUGAGAUGGUGGAGAACUGCUGUUGUUUUUUUGUCUUGUUGGAAUCACUGUUCUGCAGAAAUGCUAUGGACAGCUGUAAUGAACUGCCGUUCAACUGCCAUGCCUCAAUUAGAAUGGAACUGUUUCUUUCCCCAGCUUCCCAGGUGGACUUUAAUGAGAAGAUAUGUUGCAUUUUUCAUUAUUUGUAGUUAGUUGCAUAACAUUUUCCUGCCUUCAAUCAUUCUUAGAGUCAUACAUCACUUCAACAGACCCCUUGGCUCCCAAAGUCAGUGCUGACCAUCAAGCCCCCGGUUACAUUAAUCCAACCCAAAAGUAUUUUAUUCUCAACUCCCACAAGAUUCUACCACUCGCCUGCAUAUUAAGGACAAUACGCAGUGGCCAAUUAACCCACCAACCCUGGACACCUUUUUCAGAAUUAUGUUUAUUAUCACUGAGAUAGAUCGUGAAAUUUGUUGUUUUGUGACAGCAGUACAAGACAUAAAAUAUUACUGUAAGUUAAAAUAAAUAAACAAAUAAAUAGAUAGUACGGAAGAUGAGUAGUGAGGGAGUGUUCAUGGACCAUUCUGAAAUCUGAUUGUGGAGGAGGAAAAGCGGUUUCUGAAUCGUUCAGUGUGGGGCUUCAGUUUACCUCCUCCCCAUUGGUAGUAACAAGAAGGUGGCACAUCCAGGAUGGUGAGGGUGUUUGAGAUGGGUGCCAACGUUGAUGCACCACCUUUAGAAGAUGUCCUUGAUGAUGGAGAGGCUUGCGUCUGUGAUGGAGCUGGCUGAGCCUUUGGGAUAUGGGAGGAAACGGGAGCAACUGGUCCAAACUCACACAGUCACAAAGAGGACACGCAUACUGUGCACAGACUGCUGUGCUUUCCUUAUUCUUGAAAUGGCACCAGUCUACAGAACUAUUCUCUGCUUUCACAGACUGGGGUCCCCAUGUCCUGUGCUUGAUAUAAGUUUGACAGAGCCCAUCACACAUACAAUUCCAUCUCUGCCCUCUUGCAAUGACCGGUUCAUUCUGCUCGCACAGUUUGUUUGAACAAUUUUGUUUUAUUCAGUCACUAACGUCUACGGAUAGUUAAAUUGUUGCUGUCUUUUCCACACAAUGCCACAGUGUAGAACCAGAUUGUUCAAAACAGCUCACCACUGUCCUCUGUAGCCUGGCAAUAUUUUUCUCAUCCAAGAUUUAUCCAAUCAUUUAUUAAAGUAAUGAUUGAAUUUAUCUCCAUCAUCCUUCCAAAUUGCUAUAGCUCACCGCAUAACUGCUUUUACUCUCAUUGGUUCUUCCCGCCCUCCCUCAUGAUGAAUGUGUACAUUGAGUGGUAGUUUAGAAUUCUUUUCUACAGGGAACAAUGAUUGUUUCUCUUUCCUCUUCCCCAAUGCACAAAAAAUUAAUUGAAAAUGUGAAAUAUUUUUGUAGACAGACACGUGCAAAAGGAGCAUCAGUUCUACCUUGUAUCCAUAUGCAGUCUGAGUUCCAUUAAAAUAAUUCCUAACCAUGCUUGCGAGUGACUUUCAGAAGGCUGGGACCUGCAUUUGGGCAUAAACAACAAAUACACAAGAAGGCACUGAAAUGGCAACUCAAUUUGUGCUAAUACAUAUAGUGUAUGCCAAUUGUAAAUAAGAUGAAGUAUCAUUAUAUGAUGCCAGGCACACGCACAGUCCAGCAAUAUUUGUUUAUGGAUGUAGAGAUGCUUAAGGAGAAAGCCUUGAUUUUCCACUACAGGAAUAAUAAGAUUCUUGGCCAAUUGCAGAAGCCCUUGAAGUGCAUGAGAGAAGGUCCAGUGAAAUAUAGAUAAAUUUCAACAAAUUGUCUCAGACAGGGGUACAACUUGGGGUAGAGAACUUGGACUGUAGUACAAUCAAAUGGAGUUAGCAGAUUCAGCAAAAAUGCAAUUCUGAAAGGGCUACAGCCUUUCCAUUGGAGAGGACCUUGUGAUAGGGUCAGAAAGGUGACUCAGUUUCCACACUGAAACAGCAGACACUCUUCCCUUCGUUGGUUGGUUGGAGCCUCUGCUGCAGAGGAUGUUGAGGCUUGAAGAGUUGGUCUCACUGAAGGUACCAGUGCUGGCUGCAUGGAUCAGAGUCAUUAGCACCUGCAGUGCUUUUGGGGCAAGAAUAGCCAGUACUAGGAGGGAGGUGCAUAUGUGAAAAUCAAAAAAGUAUAGCUACUGGAAAUCAGAAAUAAUAACAGAAAAAAAUGGAAAAUCUCAGCAGGUCAGGCAGCAUCUCCAGAGAGAGAAAUAGUUAAUGUCAAUUGCUUACACAGAUGUUGCCUGACUUCCAAGUAUUUAUAGCAUUUUUUUUGUUUUAAGGACAAAUGUAAGUGUUCUCUCUUAGACUCACAGAGCGCUACAUCACAGAAACAGGCCAAGAUCUUCCCAGUCUCCUUCCAUGCAUUGAUGACCACACUGAUCUACAAGAGGAAUAAUUUUGUCCCUUGUUGUCCUUUUGCUCUUAAUACAUCUGCAGAAACCCUUGGGAUUCUCCUUAACCUUGAUUACCAGAGCAACCUCAUGGCUUCUUUUAGCCCUCUUGAUUUCCCUUUAAACUAUUUUCUUGCAUUUCUUCCACUGCUCAAGUACCCCAUUUGCUCCUUGCUGCCUAUACCUGCUAUACACUUUCACUUGUGUUGUCCUGGGACCCUUAAAGCAUAUCACCUGCUGAGAACUCUUGGGGUGGGGAGUGCAGGGCAUCAUUUUGAGCCAAGCAUAGGAUAAAACUCCAAUAAUCUGGUCUCUUGAUUGCUUGGAACAACUGACGGUCUAGUGUUUCGCUGACUCAGUGGUUCACAGUGCACCCAGAGGAAGAAUUAGGGUCCAGCACACCAGCAAUGGGAGUGGGUUUGUGGCUAGAGCUAGUCCAACACGCUUUUAUGUUUCAAUAGACAAUAGGUGCAGAAGUAGACCAUUCAGCCCCUCGAGUCUGCACCGCCAUUCUGAGAUCAUAGCUGAUCAUUCACUAUCAAUAUCCAGUCCCUGCCUUGUCCCCAUAUCCCUUGAUUCCCCUAUCCAUCAGAUAUCUAUCUAGCUCCUUCUUGAAAGCAUCCAGAGAAUUGGCCUCCACCGUCUUCUGAGGCAGUGCAUUCCACACCUCCACAACUCUCUGGGAGAAGAAGCUCUUCCUCAACUCUGUUUUAAAUAACUGACCUCUUAUUCUCAAUCCAUGCCCUCUGGUACUGGACUCUCCCAACAUCUGGAACAUAUUUCCUGCCUCAAUCCUAUCAAAUCCUUUCCUGCUCCCUUUGAAUGCACUGGGUUCACUGGAAACAUUUUUAUACUACUGUGUAACGUGGAAAAAAAGAUAAGUGAAAAUGUAAUAGAAGUAAUAUCCAAUAGUGUGGAGGCAAUUUGAUUGCAUCAAUGCUGGACAUACAUAAUAUUAGAUUAUAUUAGCUUUAUUUAUCACAUGUAUAUCAAAAAAAUCAAAACCUACAGUGAAAUAUGUCAUUUGCAUCAACUACCAAAGCAGUCUAAGUAUGUGCUCAAGACAGCCCGCAAGAUUCACCAUGCCUUGGCACUAACAUAGCAUACCCACAACUUACUAACCUCUAUGUCUAAGAAACGUGGGAGGAAACCCAUGCGGUAAAGGGCGUUUCCUUGCUUUCAAGUGCUGAACAGCAAGUGGAGUCUCAGAUCUCUGAGGACAACAGGAAUGCAACGGCCCCAAGACUCUUCGCAGUGUUCCGUCAAUCAACUAAUGUUUCAUCCUUCUAAACCUGACGUCUCUGAGAACUGUCACUUACUCGUGGCACUGGGUUCACCUCCAGAACAACCUACUUCAUAAUUCUGUGACUAUUAAGAAUGUACAAAUCCUUUCCAGGAAGCGGUACCCUGUUGUUAAUGUGAGGAAUGCUGCUCCCAAAUGGAUGCUGCUACUGGCAGUAAAAUAAAGGAAGCUGCGAAGCUUGUUAUCCUGUCCCCAGAGACCUACUUUCAACCAGGAAAAUCAUGAAAAUGUUAUCUACUUGAAGUAUAAUAGCAAUAUAGGCACGUCCUUCAAGCUGCCCGGGGCAGUACAUAGACCUGAAUUGCAUGUGGAAGGACUGGAUAGUACAACACCUACAUAACAAGAGCUGUGCCUGCAUGGUGGUCAGCCCAGCAGCAGAUGGUGGAACUGUGACACAGCCAACCUUGCUAAGAUAAGUGGUCUCACAACAUCUGCAGGUUAGUAUUUUAUAAGACACAUUUGGAGUAUCGUGAGCAGUUUUGUGCCCCCAUAUCUAAGAAAGGAUGUGCUGGCAUUGGAGAGGGUCCAGAAAUUUAUAAAAAUGAUCCUGGGAAUGAAAGGGGUAAUGCAUGAGGAACGUUUGGUGGCUCUGGGCCUGUACUCACUGAAGUUUAGAAGAAUGGGAGGGAGGGGUAUCUCAUUGAAGCUUACUGAACAUUGAAAGGCCUAAAGAGAGUGGACGUAGAGAGGAUGUUUCCUAUAGUGGAGGAUUCUAGGACCAGAGGGCACAGCUUCAAAAUGGAAGGGUAUCCCUUUAGAACAAAGAUAGGGAGGAAUUGCUUUAGCCAAAGAGUGGUGAAUCUGUGGAUUCUUUGUCACAGGUGGCUGUGGAGGCCAACUCGUUGUGUGUAUUUAAAGCAGAGGUUUAUAGUAAGGGGGUCAAAGGUUAUGGGGAGAAGUCGGGAGAAUGGAUUUGAGAGGGAAAAUAAAUCAGCCAUGGCAGAGUAAACUUGAUAGCCCAAUUCUGCUCCUAUGUCUUAUGGUGAAGAGAGGGACCUAGGGUAUUAAUAGUCUUGGUAAAAACUUCUCCACAGGCUUGUAUGUUGUCCAUAAAGAACUCACUCCCACUCCACCAUAAUAUUCAGAAGCCUGAUUUGAAUACUGGUGCUCCCAUUGUGACUAUCCGCAGGAGGUGAAAAUGAUGAAUCACAGGCAGAUGAGAGAAAAAAACAGAAAUAUGAUGGAGCCCCCAAUAGACCCAACUAAUAUAUAAUGCCAAAGAAUGCAAAGUGAACAAGAAUAUAAUACUUUAACGGGCAACAGGACAUGUAGGUAACUUCUCAAAGCCCGUUCGAGUGCCUGGCAUCUGCAUGGCACUUUAUCUGAAUAAAAUACAAAUGCCCACUACCUUUGCAACUAGAGAAUCAUCAUUUUACCCCCAAAAAUUGGUAUUAAGAAAAGUCAUGCACUUUAUAAUUGUAGUGUAUGAAAUUGGAAUUGUAGUUCCAAAAAAGUUGCAUGUUAUGGAACCCUGUGUUAUCAGAACAUAGAACAUACAGAAGAACAAUACAGCACAGUACAGGCCCUUUGGCCCACUAUAUAGUGCUGAUCUACUUCACAAUUAAUCUUACCUUUCCCUCCUACACAGCCUAAACUCCUCAUUUUUUUCCUUACAUCCAUGUGCCUAUGUAAGAAUCUCUUAAGUCUCCCUAUUGUAUCAGCCUCUGCCACCACCCCUGGCAGUGUGUUCUAGGUAUCCACCACUCUCUGUAAAAAACAAACUACCUCUAACAUCCCAGCCCCUCCCAAACUUUUCACCAAUCACAUUAAAUGGAUGUCCUCUGGUAUUGGCCAUUUUCACCCAGGGAUAAAGUCUCUGGCUGUCCACUCUAUAUAUGCCACUUAUCAUCUUAUACACUUUAACCAAGUCACCUCUCCUUCUCCUUCAUUCCAAAGAUAAAAACCCUAGCUCACUCAGCCUAUCCUCAUAAGACAUGUUCUCCAAUCCAGAUAACAUCUUGGUAAAUCUCAUCCGCACCCGUUCUAAAGCUUCCACAUCCUUCCUAUACUGAGGCGACCAAAACUGAACACAAUAUUCCAAGAGUGGACUGUCCAGGGUUUUAUGGACCUGCAACAUCACUUUUUAGCUUCUUAGUUAAAAAACAUAAUCAUAUUAGCUUUCUAGUAAAAUUCCAUGAUUGAUGUGUGAUCAGAGAUGGGUUUCUAUUUGUAGAUUAGCAUCAAGCGUCAACUUUAUCCACUAUAUACAUUUAAAUCAGUUUGCUGUGGUGUGUUGGAUGCUAUGUGCAACAACAAAAGAUAACAACAUUCAACAAUUACACAGAAUAAAGAAAUAAAUAAAAAUAAAAUUAGAAGAUUGGAUAUGGAGUAAAAUGUGCAUAAAUACAUGAAUAUCAGCAUGUAUUUACAAUGUAAAUGGCAAUGUAAAAUGUGGUUUAAAGUGUCUACAUUGCAUGUUGAAUUUCCCAUGGUCACUGUAAUUGCUAGCACUGAUUGGCAGCAACUGGCUGUGCCUAUUGGAAAUCAUAGUUUUUUGCUUACAAAAUGCUAGCUGAGACUUUAAUCACAUCUGUGUGCAUGACCACAAGCCAGUUGUAUUAAUAGAUUUUGAAAACUGAAGCUGGAUUUAUGGUGUGAAUUUUACUCUGUUGGAACAGAUAUUGCUAUGUUUGAGGUUGCUAAUUACUGUUGAUCCUAUUAACAGAUUACUUGUGAUUUUUGUCAUUGUUAAAUUGAUCCAAGUAGUUGGCUUUGUGUCUUUAACCUCUUUUGCCUCUGAAGACACACUUUGGCAGAUGAUUGGAAUUCGAGUUUAACUCAAGGAGAAGCAAGUUUGGAAGCUUAAAGUGCCUGGCUUUCAGAGAGAUAGGUCUGUUACAUAAGGAUUGGGAAGAGGAAGGCUCUCUUCCACAGAACCUGAGGUGGCUCCAUGAAACAUGGCAUAAAGAAACCCCUUAAGCUGAAUAUCCUUGUGACUACAAGCAAGUUCAAAUUCGGGUGUCUUUUACGGAAGUGUGCCUGCAAUUCUGAUGGUUUCAUGGCUUCAUUAGACAGUACAGUAUUACAAAUGAGAAACAUAGGGUGUCGCUGAUCAGACGGAAAAGGAAUAAAACCGUACUCCAGGUAUGUAACGUUGUGUUGACGCACUUUCUGUAGUUUCUGGUUCUUAGCAGGAUUAGAAUUCAAGGCUUCAUCACCUUCAGAGUCAUAGAGAUCGUGCCCUAUGUAUUUAUCCAUCAUUAACAGGGCUAAAUUAAAAUAAAAUAUGAACACUAACUGGGAAUAUUGAUGCCGGCAGCGAGUUGGCAUGGAUGGAAUGAUGGUAGGGACAUGCAAAGGAAUGGUGAGGCAAAGAUGAAGACAAUCACAACAGUGAAAAGUACGUUGACAAGGAUUCAGAUUGGAAUCUGAAUGUUAGUUGGGAUAGAGGUGGUGUUCGGCAAGCUACCUUUAUACUAUUCUAGUUAGUGCGAUUGAACAGUCAUGUAAGGUCCAUAAUCCCCAAAGAUGGUUCUUCACUGCACAUGUGAAGCUGAGGUCACUUUGAGCACCUUGAGAAAUCCUCGGGGUCGGCUGAUCCCUGAUUGGCUCUAUUUCACUGUUUGGUUCUGGCCAGCACUACCGCUACGUGACCUGUUUUCCAUAGACCUGUAGAGAAAGUGAGAGGGUGUGUUUGACUUACCAACUGUUGCAUGAACUUGUUUUGUGCUGCGAGUAAAGGGGAACUGUUGGGCACCCUGGUUGCUAAUUUAUGCUUUCCCCAAUGACAUCUGUUUAGUUGGUAAGGUUGGAUGAGAUUGCUGAGUUUCAGACGCAUUGUGAUGAUGAGUGCUCACCACCUGCUAAUCAAUGGUCUGUGUUCCAGUAAUUCAUCCUUUUUCAGAAGUGCCUGCUCUACUAAUGGUUACUCAGAUCUCGUGCCUCAAUUAGGGUACUGCUUCCUCUCCCCCCCCCCCCCCCC